GAGGAGACUUUGCAAACAACAAUCUUGGGUCAGGGGCCAUUUUGGAAGCAUCUCGCCAAGCUCCGCUUCCUGUCCGAAUAUGGAGAAGGUAAAAGGCAAGGAGUGGACCUCCACAGAGAAGGCGAGGGAAGAGGAUCAGCAGGCUUCUAAUCAACCAAACACGAUUGCUUUGCCGGGAACAUCAGCGAAGGGGGGAACCAAAGGAAAAGUAUCUAUUAAAGGUGACAAAGUGCUUUGCCCUAAGAAGAAGGCAGACUGUGAUAACCCCAGACCUCAGAAGAAGAUACCAAUCCCUCCCUUACCCUCUAAACUGCCACCUGUUAAUCUGAUUCACCGGGACAUCGUACGGGCCUGGUGUCAGCAAUUAAAGCUGAGCACCAGAGGCCAGAAACUGGAUGCGUAUAAGCGCCUGUGUGCCUUUGCUUACCCAAACCAAAAGGAUUUCCCUAGCACAGCAAAAGAGGCCAAAAUCCGGAAGUCAUUGCAAAAUAAAUUAAAGGUGGAAAAAGGGAAAGCGAGCCUGCAGAGUUCUGGGACACAGCCUCCUCAAGUGCCCCUUCCCCCUGCGGAGGGGCUGCCUGCUCUGGAAGGGUCCACUCCUCUCCUUGAGGGAGUUAAUACGGUUGUGGUGACAACUUCUGCCCCAGAGGCUGUGCUGGCCUCCUGGGCAAGAAUUUCAGCCAGGGCAAGGACGCCAGAGGCAGUGGAACCUCCACAAGAAGCCAGUGGUGUCAGGUGGUGUGUGGUCCAUGGGAAAAGUCUCCCUGCAGACACAGACGGUUGGGUGCACCUGCAGUUUCAUGCUGGUCAAGCCUGGGUUCCAGAAAAGCAAGAAGGGAGAGUGAGUGCGCUCUUCCUGCUUCCUGCCUCCAGUUUUCCACCCCCGCACCUUGAAGACAAUAUGUUGUGCCCCAAAUGUGUUCACAGGAACAAGGUCUUAAUAAAAAGCCUCCAAUGGGAAUAGAAUAUCAGGGAAAAGGCCAUAUCUAUGAUAAUUAAUGGCAGAAAGGCUGGAGAGUCGGAUUCUGUGGUGCUGCUGACAGGUGAACUUGGUCCUCUCCACACCUGCUUACGGUCCGUGCAGACUGCUGGGGUGGCAGAUCUUAGCCUACGACCCCUAGCAGUGCCUGUUGCUUUGUGAGUAGAGAUAUGAUAGACUCUUGCAUUUAAAAAUGGGAAAACAUUUCACAAAGUACCAUAAAUUGUAGUUAAUAUGCAGAAAAAUUUAUUCAUACCACCUUUCUAAAAUAGAAAA